AUGCCGUCUGGACUCAAGAACGCUGGUGCAACAUAUCAACGGUUGGUAAACACGAUGUUCAAAGAUCAGUUGGGAAAAACAAUGGAAGUAUAUAUUGACGAUAUGGUGGUAAAAUCGGAAAGAGCUGAAGAUCACCUGAUUCAUUUAAAAGAAGCCUUUGCAAUACUAAGGCAAUUUAACAUGAAGCUGAACCCAGAAAAAUGUGCAUUUGGUGUAUCAUCCGGAAAGUUCUUGGGAUUCAUGGUUUCAAAAGGUGUCAGUAAGUGCGGUUCGAAUGUACGGGAAGAUGAAGGUAAACAAUCCCCAAUUUGUUAUGUUAGUAAAACGCUUUUAGAUGCCGAAACUAGAUAUCCACAUUUAGAAAAAUUGGCACUAGCUUUAAUACAGGCUGCUAGAAAAUUAAGACAGUAUUUUCAAAGUCAUCCCAUUGUCGUGGUAACAACAUUCCCUCUACGGAGUAUUCUUCAUAGACCGGAAUUGUCAGGCAGGUUAGCUAAAUGGGCAAUUGAUCUUAGUGAAUUCGAUAUUUCUUAUCAGCCUAGAAAUGCUAUAAAAUCGCAAAUUCUUGCUGAUUUUGUGGCAGAUUUUAGUUCAAAAUUGUAUUUGAAAGCAGAGAAAGAAACCGUCACUAAUUCGGGGUCAUCCCCCGGGAUAUGGACCCUAUAUACGGAUGGAGCAUCUAAUGAAAGUGUAUCGGGAUUAGGUUUAGUACUAAAAGUACCCAGUGGUGAAAUUGUCGGCCAAUCCAUAAAAUGCCCAAAAAUUACUAACAAUGAGGCUGAGUAUGUGGCUGUUGUUGCAGGUUUAAAGCUUGCUUUAGAGUAUAGAGCAGAAAGCAUCAAAGUACACUGUGAUUCGCAAUUGGUGGUUAACCAGGGGUUAGAGCAGGUUCCACGGGAAAGCAACACCGAGGCCUGUGGCUUAGCAAAGCUAGCAUCAGCUGCUGAUCUCGCAGAGCCGGGGAGCAGGAGUGUGAUCCAUUUAUUACAUCCAAUUAGUAGCGAAAUUGAAAUACGAGCAACAAGAUCAACACAUGAUUGGAGAAAUAAGAUACUUGAUUAUUUGCAACAAGGGACUUUACCCUCAGAUAAGAAAGAAGCGCGAAAAUUACGGGUAAAAGCUUCUAGAUAUUGCCUAGUUUAUGGAGAACUAUAUCGGAGAACCUUUGGAGGACCACUCGCCAAGCGUUUAGGCCUAGCAGAGACAGAACCCGCUAUGCAACAAGUGCAUAGUGGAUAUUGUGGAAAUCACUCCGGGGGGAGAUCAUUAGCCCGAUCUUUGUUACGUGCAGGUUAUUAUUGGAACACCAUAGGCAAAGAUUCGCAAAGUUUUGUGCGACGAUGCAAAGAAUGCCAAGCAUAUGCAUCUGCAAUACACCAACCUGAGGAGCCAUUGCAUUCAGUCAUUACCUCAUGGACAUUCAUGAAAUGGGGACUCGACAUCAUGGGACCAUUUCCUGAAGCUAAAGGUAAAGUAAAAUUCAAGUAA